GGAUCAUGACCUCGCUACGCCAUGGACCGCGGAUGCGUGCCAGGUACCAAUUGCUUGGUGAAUGUGCCAAGGGAUAGCUAUGUGGCAGUGGAACGUUUUGGCGCCUUCCAGAAAGUCCUCGAGCCGGGCCACACAGACGCCAUCCGAUUCGCAGGCUUCGAUUUGUGUGGCACUUGCAUCAGCCUGCGCAAAAUCUCGACGCAGCUGGAGGAGGAGCAUUGCACCGUGACGACUCAGACAAGGGAUCACGAAUUUAUCACUGCCCAAGUGUUGAUCCAGUAUUCGGUAAUGCCCAAGAUGGCCAAAGAUGCCAUUUACAAGCUGUUGCAGCAAGAUCUGGCCGGGACGCUGCGAUCCUUUUUGAUCGGGCCGAUUCGCAGCUAUCUCAACCGAUACACCUUGGAAGAAGUGUUCGGCAAGAAGGAUGAGAUGACAGCGGCGCUGCACGGGCAACUGAGCGACUACUUGAAGAGCUACGGCUUUGCGAUCCAUUCCUUGCAGAUCACGGAAUUGGAAGUGAGUCCAGAGGUGAUGCACGCCCUCAAUGAGGCCACCAAGCAGCGGCGCAACAUGGAUACGGCGCGGCUGGAUAUGGCGAAGCUGUGUGAAGCUAAGGUGCGGGAAGCGGAAGCCUUUGCGGUGACUGCGGAGCUGAAGGGACAGGAGAUGAGCGAGGAAUGCCAGAGGCUGAUCAGAGCUGUGGAACCAUCGCAGCUCUUGAGGGGCUUUGAGGGAGCACAAAUCCUCAAAGCCAUCGAGGAGACUAAUGCUCAAUCGCUGCCUGAAGACUUGAACGUGGAGAUGUUAAUCAGCCUCCUCCAAGACAUCGACUCGGAGUCCGCCAGCGUUUUAGCUAAGUCCCAAGCUGCUGGCUUGGUCAUCGGACGCGCAGGGACACCCUCCCAGCAGGAGAUGACGUGAUAUGCCGAAUCGCAGUGAACGGCAACUGUAGCAGAUGGGUGUUGAGUCCCCAGCCUCGAACCGAACGGUUGCGUUUGUUGAGCGGCAGCCUUGCAGCCGGCGAAUGUGAGCCAUGGAGCCAUCGCAUUUCUGGACAAUCUCCAUGACUUCAGGGGAAGCUCAAUAGGCCAAGAGUCGAGGCCCAAGCCCUGUGCAUCGAGGCCAUUGCACCUAUGCAGGUGCUGAAAAUUGGGUUGUCAGCGGGCCCAAGUCAUCGCAGCGUAUAGGUGUGGCGCUGCAUGGCCACGCGCUGUGUGCUAGUUUUGUGCCUCUUGAGAGUGUUUUUGAAAGGAAAUAGGCGGUUGAAUCUCAAAUCCCAGAAAUGGAUUGAGAACCUGGAUCUCCUGGGUGCAUCUGGUGAUUUCUGUGCUCCCGUAAAGAGCAGUUUGAGCCAAA